AUGAAGCUGACUCUGGUGCAGAUCUUUUUCAUGAUGUUGCUGCUGCUGCUGGGCCUAGGGGUGGGCCUCGGCUUGGGACUCCAGAUGGCCGCAGCUGUCCUGGAGGAAAGUGAUCAGCUACUGGAUGAGUUUCUGUCCAGUGACUCACAGGACAAAGCUGAGGCUACCAAGGAGGGACUAGACAGCCAAAGCAUAGAAACCUUGCUGGUUAGCAACAAGGAAGUGGUGCAACCAGAAGACACCAUCAUCAAUGAAGAUGAAGUUGGAGGAGACAGGAUGCUCAGAGCUGAGGUUCUUUUACAGAGCAACAAACACUAUCUUAGAUCUGAUGUGAUGGAUAGGGAAUGCAAUGCCCUGAUGGCACCGAAUUUGAAGUCAAAAGACCACCCUUGCAUACCCCAGUACAUAUUUAUCCAUGAGGAACCAGAUACAGUCAAAGCUGUUUGUAAGAGUCCUGCUGUUGCCUGUGAUCUCAAGGGAGGCAAAUGCCACAAAAGCCCCCGUCCUUUUGAUUUGACAUUCUGCAAGUUAUCCAAAUCAGGCCAAGUGAUUCCUCACUGUAAUUAUGUAACUUUUAUUCUUGAAAAGUACAUUCUUAUGUCCUGUAGUGACAUGAAAGUCCAGAUAACAUCUAAAUCAUGA